AUGAACAAACGGCAAAACCUUUUGAAAUAUUUUGAAGUUUUAUCUGAAAAAGCAGAUAAGUGGCAUAAUUAUACAAUCUGUAUUGAAUUUGAAAAAGUUUUUCCUAAGAAUGAGGUAAAUAAGGUUCUUGAAGUAAAUGAAAAUGAGAAAACAGCCAAAUUUUGUCAGGCCAAUAACCAUGCUCACAAUCAAUGCUAA